CUUUCCCUUCCUCUCCGACUCCGACGUGCCCCACGCCACGCCACGCUGCCUCCACUCCACCUCCCUACUAGCCGUUGGAGCCCAUUCAUUCAUUCUUUCCUCUUCUUCUUCUUCUUCUUCACAAGGUUGUUCAAUGCAGGCCGGCCAGGCAGCAAUCUCUAAUGCAUGCUCUCCUUCUUCCAUCUCCGACCAACACUCCUCCCAUUUCGUCAUCCCAAACCACCACCAUGCCGCCGCCCCGGAGGCCUCCACCGCGCCUUCCUAAUCGCACCAUCGCCGCAGCAUCCACGCUCCUCACCCUCCUUUUCCUCUCCCCACCACCCACCUUGGCGCAGCACCACCCGACAGGCGACGGCGUGGUCAUCUCGCAAGCGGACUACCAAGGCCUACAAGCAAUCAAGCACGACCUCUCCGACCCCUACGGCUUCCUACGCUCCUGGAACGACAGCGGCGUCGCGGCAUGCUCCGGCGCGUGGACGGGGAUCAAGUGCGUGCUCGGCAACGUCGUCGCCAUCACGCUCCCCUGGCGCGGUCUCGGCGGCACGCUCUCCGCGCGCGGGCUAGGCCAGCUCGUCCGCCUACGCCGCCUCAGCCUCCACGACAACGCAGUCGCGGGGCCCAUCCCGGCCUCGCUCGGCUUCCUCCCGGACCUCCGCGGCGUCUACCUCUUCAACAACCGCUUCUCCGGCGCCAUCCCGCCCUCCAUCGGCGGCUGCGUCGCGCUGCAGGCGUUUGAUGCCAGUAAUAACCGCCUCAGCGGUGCCAUCCCGACCGCCGUCGCCAACUCCACCAGGCUCAUCCGGCUUAACCUCAGCCGGAAUGAGUUCUCCGACACCAUCCCCGUCGAGGUCGUCGCGUCCGCGUCGCUAAUGUUCCUUGACCUCUCCUACAACAACCUCUCCGGCUCCAUCCCCGACGCGUUCGCCGGGUCCGAUAAGUCGCCGUCUUCCACCACCUCCAAGCUCAGCCUCGACGACGACGACAGCAGCAGCAGCGACAACAAGGAGGCCAUCACCGGGACCUACCAGCUCGUCUUCCUCAGCCUAUCGCACAACUCCCUCGACGGGCCCAUCCCGGCGUCCCUCACCAAGCUCACAAAACUCCAGCACCUCGACCUCUCCAGGAACACUCUCGCCGGCGAGAUCCCGGCCGGGCUCGACAACCUCACCGCCACGCUCCAGUCCUUCAACGUGUCCUACAACAACCUCUCCGGCGCGGCGCCGGCCUCGCUGGCGCGCAAGUUCGGGGAGCCCGCGUUCACGGGGAACGUCCUGCUCUGCGGCUACUCUGCUUCCACGCCCUGCCCGGCGUCCCCGUCCCCCGCGCCGGCGUCGCCCGCGGAGGAACCACCGUCGCGCGGAGGGCGGAAGUUCGGCAGGAAGGCGCUCGUGCUCAUCGUCGCUGGGAUCGUCGUCGGCGUCCUCGUCCUGCUGCUGCUCUGCUGCCUCCUGCUCUGUUUCCUGGGCAGGAACAAGAGGUCUUCCGGCGGUACUGCCGGGACACGGAGCGGGAAGCAGGCGGCGGGCAAGGAGGCCGGUGGUGCUGGCGCUGGUGCCGCCGCGGCCGGGCGCGGCGAGAAGCCAGGAUCCGGUGCAGCGGAGGUGGAGUCCGGCGGGGACGUGGGUGGCAAGCUCGUGCACUUUGAUGGGCCGCUGGCGUUCACGGCCGACGACCUGCUGUGCGCCACCGCUGAGAUCAUGGGGAAGAGCACCUAUGGGACGGUGUACAAGGCCACGCUCGAGGACGGCAGCCUGGUGGCCGUCAAGCGCCUCCGGGAGAAGAUCACCAAGGGGCACAAGGAGUUCGAGGCCGAGGCGGCGGUGCUGGGGCGGAUCCGACACCCCAACCUGCUGGCGCUCAGAGCAUACUACCUUGGACCAAAGGGGGAGAAGCUUCUCGUCUUCGACUACAUGCCCAACGGCAGCCUCCACUCGUUCUUGCACGCUCGCGCGCCGAACACGCCGGUGGACUGGGCGACGCGGAUGACGAUCGCCAAGGGCACGGCGCGUGGCCUGGCGUACCUCCACGACGACAUGAGCAUCGUGCAUGGCAACCUGACGGCCAGCAACGUGCUCCUCGACGAGCAGCACAGCCCCAAGAUCUCCGACUUCGGGCUGUCGCGGCUGAUGACGACGGCCGCAAACUCGAACGUGCUGGCGGCCGCGGGCGCGCUGGGGUACCGCGCGCCGGAGCUGUCGAAGCUGAAGAAGGCGAGCGCCAAGACAGACGUGUACAGCCUGGGCGUCAUCAUCCUGGAGCUGCUGACGGGCAAGUCCCCCGCCGACAGCACCAACGGCAUGGACCUGCCGCAGUGGGUGGCGUCCAUCGUCAAGGAGGAGUGGACCAGCGAGGUGUUCGACCUGGAGCUGAUGCGCGAUGCCGCCGCCGCCGCGGGGACAGCCACCGGGGACGAGCUCAUGGACACGCUCAAGCUCGCGCUGCACUGCGUCGACCCCGCGCCGGCGGUCAGGCCCGAGGCACGCGAGGUGCUGCGGCAGCUCGAGCAGAUCAAGCCUGGCCCUGAGGGCGGUGCUGGACCGAGUGAGGAAGGUGGCGCCUCGCAUGUGCCGGCGGCUUCUGCUUCUGCUUCUGCUUCUGCAGGAGAUGAUGAGUAGCAAGCAGCGGCAGGCAGGAACUACGAGAAAAAAGAAGCAAUGGUUUAGCUAGAAAGAGAGAUAUUUAGGAAAUUCUUUGAUUUGUUUGUUCAACUGGAGGGAUUGGAUUACCCACCCCCUUUCAUCAUUUCUUGCGUUUCUAGGUAUUUCCAGUUUGUAUAGGCAAAUAUUAUUUGCACUAGAAUCAUCGCUGUAGCAUCUACGACCAAGGAUGGAAAAGAGGAGAAUACUACUAGUAUUAAUAAUGCAAUUUUUUUUUUCUAUUUGAUUUACUUGUC